AUGGAGUCUUCUCUUCGAAAUCUGAGCGAAAGCUCUUCCGACUUUCGGCUCCAAACCACUUCUCAAUCCGCUAACAUUAUCUUUUCAUUCAUCGAAAACCUCGAAAUCACACCGCUCAACUUAUUGGUCUAUAUUCCUAUUCUCUACCUCCUCUACAUCGUGCUUCUGGUAUCCUAUCGUUUAUAUCUAUCACCACUCGCGAAGUUUCCAGGACCGAAGAUUGCGGCUGCUACAUUGUGGACGGAGUUCUACUAUGAUGCUGUUUUAGGAGGACAGUUCCAAUUCAAGGUUAAGGAGUGGCAUGAGAUUUAUGGACCUGUUGUUAGGAUUAACCCUUUUGAAAUCCACAUCGACGACCCAAAAGGUGACUUCUACGGUACCGUCUUCUCCAACACUGGUAUCCGAGAUAAGCACGAGUUCUACACCUCCCAAUUCGGAACCGGUAAGACUGGCUUUGGAACAGUAUCUCAUCACCUCCACCGCCUCCGUCGUAAAGCAAUGAAUCCAUUCUUCCAACCCAGCAACGUCCUUCGCUUCGAGCCCGUCAUAAAAGCUAAACUCGACAAGCUAUGUCAGCGCAUCGAUCAGUAUUCCGCUGCGAAGCUCGGAGCCAUGCCAAUGCGUAUCGUCUUCAUGAGUUACGCCACUGAUGUUAUAACUUCUUUUACCCUAAAUCAUAGUUGGAAUCAUCUUGACGCACCAGAUUUUAAUCCGUGGUGGUGGCAGACUACCCAAUGUACUGCCAAGAUGACAAAGUGGACGAAACAGUUUCCGUGGCUUUUACCAAUGUUGCAGGGUCUACCUGAUUUUAUAGUCAAAGCAAUGGAUCCUAAUCUGAUUCUUGUCCUUGAGAUGCAACGUAAAAUCGAAGGCAUCGUCGUUGAUGUCUUGUCGGGUAAAGAUGGGAAAUAUGCCUACUACCCUGACGGUUCACCUCGUACAAUCUUCCAUGAGAUUCUGAAGAGCGACUCCUUGCCUGCUGCGGAUAGGGAUGUUGAGUAUCUGUGGCAAGAAGGUCAGAACUUUCUGGGUGCUGGAUCGGAUACCGUGGCGUUUGUUCUGACAAUGGCGACUUAUUAUCUUCUUGCCGAUACAAAGAAGGCGGAAAAAUUGAGAGAAGAGUUGAGAGUUGCUAGAGCGGAUAAGGAUACGGAAUUGAGAGUGGUAGCUCUGAUGAAGCUACCUUACUUGACUGGAGUUGUCAACGAAGCCUUAAGACUGUCUUACGGAACAUCGUGUCGCCUAACGCGUAUCGCGCCAACUGAAUCGUUGAACUUCCAACACUGGCAUAUUCCUGCCGGCACUCCAAUCUCAAUGUCAUCACUCAUGAUGCACCAUAACGAGAAUAUCUUCCCUCAAUCGCACACGUUCUCGCCAGAGCGAUGGGCAGACCAAGAAGAUGGAGGAAAGGCACUCGAGCGCUACCUAGUUUCAUUCUCAAAAGGGAGUCGGCAGUGUAUUGGAAUGGGAUUCGCAAAAGCUGAGAUAUAUCUCACAAUCGCAACACUUUUUUCUCGGUACACAAACAUGACACUUUAUGACACGGAUUACGAUAGAGAUGUUAAGAUGGUGAGCGAUAUGUUCUUUCCGCAAGCGAGUAAGGAGAGUAGGGGCGUGAGGGUCUUGUUUGGUGAGAAUUGA